UUGAAUAACUUUUCAUCUCCAGUUGCUAUUGACUGCGUAUAUAGAUACAAUAUACAUCUACGAUCAUGUUUCGCAGAGCACUCCUCAGACAAAGCCGACUUGCCGGCUCCGCAACUCCAUUCUCCGUCUCGCCCAUCCAUAGACAAGCAGCUAUCAUUCAGCAGUCUCAACAGUUAACACGAUCACUUCCCACCCGACUACAGAGUAGAUAUGCCUCGACGGAAGCCAACGGAGAAAAACCUAAGGCUGAAGAAGCAGCCGAAGCUGAAAAACCAUCUGAACUCGACACAUUGAAGAAGGAUCUAGAGGCACGUGAGAAGGAAGUCGUUGAUUUGAAGGAUAAAUACCUCCGAUCUGUCGCUGACUUCCGAAACUUGCAAGAACGAACUCGCCGAGAUAUCGAAGCGGCCCGUACCUUUGCCAUUCAGAAGUUUGCAGGGGAUCUGAUUGAAUCAAUUGAUAACCUAGAGCGUGCCCUUGAAGCUGUCCCUGCAGAGAAGGUCGAUGCCGCCAAUGCGAAGGAAAACAAGGAUGUUUAUGAGCUGUACUCUGGCUUGAAGAUGACCGAGGGUAUCCUCAUGAACACUCUGAAGAAGCACGGUGUUGUCAGAUUCGACCCCUCUGAGCUUAUAGAUGGCCAGCCUCAAAAGUUCGACCCAAGUAGACACGAGGCUUUGUUCAUGUCCCCGAUGGAGGGCAAGCAGGACGGCGAGAUCUUGCAUGUCCAGAACAAGGGAUUCACCCUCAAUGGCAGAAUCCUUAGGGCAGCUAAAGUUGGUGUUGUGAAGAACGCAUAA